CCCAUCUCUUUUUUUUCCCCUUCUUUUCCUUCUUCUUCCUUUUCUUCCUCGCUUCCUCAUCUGACCGCCUCAUCACCCCGAGCCUUGCGCCCGGAGGACUUCACCCCUCGGAAGCCCUUUUUGGGCCGCUAUUAAGAGAACCUGUCGCGGUGGACGAGAGAUUCACAAUGCUGAAUGACUUCGUAAAGCAACACAGCACCCUAGGCGCGCCCAUCACGCCUAGGGAUGCCCUGUCACGAUAAUUAGUUUCUGGCGGGAAGGGGCAUACGUUCGGGCACAACGUAUGAGAGUUUCCUCGCCGUUCGUCGUGUUGCACCCUCCUUUUGGGGGGGCCCUCUUCGUGAGGGUCGACGUUCGGAUUUUCUUUUUUUCAUCACUGUGAACGGCUGUCACCAGCCUUUUAUCCAGUGCGCACCCACGAAGUCUUUCGCAUUCUCUCUCUUUAUCAUCGCUGGAUACCCACCGCCUGAGGAGUCCCAGAAGGAUCCGAGGUUCAAAUCCGAGCCUGUUCAGCCAGUUAGCCUGGCAUCAACGUCGACUACCGCAAAUAUUGCUUGAACUGCAGGCCGAAACAAACUGGCAGAUGAUGGUGCUCGCCAGGUAUCCCAGGCCUCCGAUAAGCCAGGUUCAGACACAUACUGGUAUCAAGGAUGGACUCUUCGAGACCCAGGAUCGCGAUUUCCCUCAUAUAUUCUGCACAACAACCCAAGAAGAGUUAGAAAUAUCAUCCGAAUCGAAAGAGCAACAAGGAUGUGGCUUUUUCGAUUUUGUUGACGGACGAAUCUUCUUCCUUUUUCUCAAAUCAACCAGAGAUGAUGCGAGGUCUCUCCUGGAAUCCUUCAGCAUGGGCGUAUUCUACAUGUGGAAACGGCCAAAGGACUGAGCCUUGAUGUAGGGCAGCCUUUUCUUAAACUGCAACUACCCACCGAAAGACUUCAACGACUUGACUGAGCUCCCAUCUAGUCAGCCGACCUUGGACAAUUUCAUGAAGGAUGUUAAGAUCAAAGAAGCAUAAGAGAUAAUUGGCCCUGUUGCGGAAUUUGCUUUUCGAAGAUUUGAACCAUUGGCACACCUUCAAAUCUGUCACCAACUUCAAAAGCCGCGAACAAGUCCCUUCUUGGCUUUAGAAGCGUCGACAGAAACAAAUACAGUCGCGUAUGGAGGAUGUUGUUUCAUUUGCUGCCAACCCUACCAAUUCGGUUGGCAAAAGUUUCAAGCGCGAAACCAUCGUCGUCAACUCUCGUUACAAAGUAAAAAGCCUGGCGUGUCUGGCCCGGUUAAGCCCAGAAGCUUAGCGACCAAAAAAUCCAGGCCAAUCUGAAGGAUAUCUUAGCCCUUAGCAACGGAAGUACGGUAAAUUCGAGAAUGCCAAGAGCCUCCUCGACGGUUACCACCAAGCCCUGGAUUUUCAGUCUGAUAGAUCUGCGAGGUGCCAUGCGGCAGUUAGGCCAGAGGUUCAGUUGUCCCUAUGAUGAGACUACGGGGUCAAGUGAGGAAGCAAAAUUGCAGGGACUCAGAUGAAGGACCAUACUUGAUAUCAACGAUCUAGAAAUACCUUUGUGAAAUCUCUAGGUCGCCUAACUGUGCGCCCAACAUCGCCAACGCUGGUCAGGGUAUCGCCAAGGUACUGGCAGAUGCAAAAGUUCUUCCUUCACAGACCUUCGGUAAAGCCUCGACAUUGACCAGGGUAUAAGCCAACUUGCAAGGGCUUUAGACUGACACAUUGUGCAACUAUUCCUUCUAGCUUGUGAGCUUCACGCACACAAUGAUUUACCAGCACUUGUUUUCCAUUUCGACCGCUUUGAGUGUGAGCAGGCUGUUAGACACAUUCUCUAUGACUCUUGUAAGCAUGGCAGUUGGAAAGUACUAGUACGCGACUACAGCAUCAAGCAAGGUGACGUCUGGUUGCAUCCCAAGGACUUUUGGCUCACACUCAAGACCAUUGUGGCCAGUCUUUAGAGGAUCAUCGGUGCAAAAGACGAUCUCGACUUGGACAAUCCCGAAGAAAAGGACAAUGAUGCCGAUGUUCCAGAGGUAUCUUCUGGCGGUAUUGAGCACAGAAACCCAUGGAAACACUCGAGAACAUCGUCAAAAUUGCAGUCAAGAGCAAGAGCAAAAUCAAGGUCGCUGAUAGUUGGGAUGACGACAGCGAAGAGCCAUCGGAGUCAGAGGGCCUCAGGUCAUAUACAGCUAACACACUUGAGGCUCAACAGUUGGGCUUGAACAAGAAGGAUUGGUUGAUACUGGUCUUGAAGGCAUUCAAGCUAUUGGAGGUGGAAUUUGGGGCCAAGUUCUACGGGAUUGGAGCGUCAACGGCACGUUCAUUUUGAUCCGAUAAUAGAAGCACGUUAUUCACAUGUGGCGUUCUAUAAAGCACACAUAGCCCACUGCAAUGUAGCAAUCCCAGUCAUUCUAUCGAUACUUGUACCAGUACGAAUCCAGUGAAAGUUGCUCAAUUCCCUUUCGUCUCGGGACAGAGGCGAACAUCUUUGCAAGACCUUCACCCUCGGUGUGAGUUAUGGUUGACCGCCUAGACAUGGCCUAUGGAGUGGGCUCACCGAUCCAUGUAUCAAGACUUUCCUAAGUAGUGUGGCCCUCUUGAGGCUCCUAGCCAAUGCUUACCCCCCUCAUGUUUCCUCGUGUUUUGACCCCCCUACAGUAAAUUUUUAUGACAUGUAAGAAUAAUUGCUUUUUUUUCUUCUAUGGCAAAAGCCACGAUCCCUGCACUAUCCAGAAGUUGAAAUCUGGAAUGACUCGUUUGAGACACAAAAACUCAGAUGGUGCUGAGAAAUGUGUCGAUUCACUGAGUUCAACUGAGUCAACCUGUCAUCCUUUUCCGCCUUGGCGGUGAAUCUGCCCCUCCCCCUUUUUCCCCUCGCAUUUUAUAUGUUCUAGAAACAUGCACGGAAUCACCGAAACAGA